AUGUCUCUUCCAACGCUCCAAAAGCUUGGCAACGCCUUUGAUCCUGACAUUGACGCGAAGGCUAUCGCAAAAGCAUGGUUUAUCCAGUUUGUAGAAGCCAUGGCCGACGCCACGGCUGUCGUCGACCUAUUUGUCGACGAAGGUUUGUGGCGCGACAUGUUGGCUUUCACCUGGGACUGCCACACCUACGAAGGAAGAAAUACUAUUAGAAAAUUCCUCGCUGACCAAUUACCGAAGUUCAAUCCCUCUGCGUUCAGGUUUCACGAUGAGCUAACAGGGUUUUAUAUGCCAUAUGAGGACCUCGUAUGGAUCCAGGCUUUCUUCGAUUUCGACACUACAAUCGGACACGCAUCCGGGGUUUUUAGGCUUGUACCUUUGGCAGAUGGCUCCUGGAAGGCACACACGGUAUAUACAGGUCUGGAGGGUCUCACGGGGUUCCCGGAGAAGAUUGGUCCCUUAAGAAAUCACGAAAUGAACUGUGCACAUUUCCUCGAUAUGGAACCCACAGCAAUCAUAAUAGGCGGUGGUCACUCUGGUCUGAUACUUGCUGCGCGUCUCAAAAUACUCGGAAUAGACGCGCUUGUGGUCGAACGGAACGAACGCGUGGGGGAUAACUGGAGGAAGAGAUACACAUCUAUUUUCUUGCAUGAACCUUUCUGGUGCGACCACCUUCCCUACUUUCCGUUCCCUCCUUCGUCGCCGGUUUUCACGCCGGGAUUGCAAUUCGCAGACUGGCUGGAUUGCUAUGCUCGAUCACUGGAUCUGAAUGUAUGGACAUCUGCCAGGGUACGCGCUGUCGAACCUAGCACAAGGGGGAAGAGGUGGACGGUCAAAAUUGUCUGUGGGGACGGAUCGGAACGCCAGUUCAACGUGAAACAUGUUGUGUUUGCAACAGGUUUAUUUGGCGGUGCUCCCAAGCUCCCGGAUGUCCCUCACCGAGUAACCGGUAUUGGUGCAAAGGAGGUGUUCGAUGGCGUGGUAUUGCACUCGAGUCAGUAUAAAACUGCCGCCGAUUAUAUCGGAAAGAAAGUUGCCGUUGUUGGCUCGGGUCCAUCGGCACCUGCUAACGCGAUGCGGAUAGCCCACGGGAUCUGUUUGGACUUCGUCGAUCACGGCAUUGAUGUCACAAUGGUACAGAGGGGUUCGAUCUACGUUAUGUCAGCAAAGAAUGGAAUUCCCAGAUAUUUCGGACUUUAUGUCAAAGAGGGCCUUCCCGUCGACGUCGCCGAUCGUAUCACUCUGUCAUACCCAAAUAAGUUUGGAAAGCUAUUACAUCAGCGGAUGACAAGGGAGAUUGCAGAACUCGACAAGGAUCUCCUUGAAGGGCUCCGCAAAGUUGGAUUUAAGCUCAAUUCUGGAGAAGACGACGCGGGGGCGCUCGGCCUUGUAUGGUCUAGGGCAGGAGGAUUUUGCAUCGACUUUGGGGCCUCACAGAAGAUUAUUGAUGGGCAAAUCAAGUUGAAAAGCGACGGCAAUAUUGUUAGAUUCACGUCGACAGGGCUACUCUUUGAAGAUGGUUCAACCCUUGGUGCCGAUGUGGUUAUUUUUGCCACCGGGUAUGCAGAUGCCAGAGAUUCCAUUCUCGAGCUACUGCCGACCCACUUGCACGAUUCUGUGCAGCCGGUCUGGGGUCUUGAUGAAGAGGGCGAACUAAAUUCGGCGGGGCGCGAGCUUGGCAGACGGGGUCCAGACGGUGAAAAGUUAGCUGGACUGUGGGCGUUAAUGGGUAACGUAUCGCUAAGUCGCAUCUACUCCAAGUUUAUUGCCUUGCAAAUCAAGGCGCACGAAGAAGGGGUUUUUGGUGGAAGAUACUAG